UGGCUUAAAGAAUUUUACUGGGGAUUAAAACAGCCGGCACACGCUGGGGGGACUCAGUAGAAAGAAAAAAAAAAGUGAGAAGGAAAGUGUAGAGUCUGAAUAAACCAGAGACUGAACAGAGUGCUCUUGCGUUAGCAGACUCGGAUCUGGGAGGAGGAAUGUUCCAGAACCUGCGUAAGCACUUUGCUGACCACCUGGUUGAACGUCGGACCAGGAGAUCCCGGCUGGUGUCCAAAGACGGCCAGUGCAACAUCAAGCUCGGCCAUGUGGAGGAGAAGAACAGAAUGGCCUUCCUGUCCGAUAUCUGGACCACCUUCCUGGAUAUGCGCUGGAGGUACAAGAUGACCAUCUUCAACGUAGUCUUCCUGGGCUCCUGGUUCAUCUUUGCAGUGUUUUAUUAUGUAAUCGCCUACGUGCACGGGGACCUGCUUGAAUUCGACCCCCCCCAGAACCAUACCCCCUGCGUGUUCAACGUCUUUGGGCUCACGUCUGCGUUCCUCUUCUCCAUUGAGACCCAGAUGACCACGGGCUACGGUUACCGCUGCAUAACGCCAGAGUGCGGGAUUGCUGUCAUCGUCGUGGUUGUCCAGACUAUUGUGGGAACCUUCAUCAACGCCUUCAUCUGCGGUAUCAUGGUAGCCAAGUUUGCGCGGCCCAUCAAGAGGACUAAGACAAUCACCUUCAGUAAGACUGCAGUCAUCGGCAACCACGAGGGAAAGCUAUGUCUUUUCAUCCGGGUGGCCAAUCUCCGCAAGAGCCUUCUGAUCAAGAACUACAUCUACGGCAAGCUCCUGAAGACCACCGUGACCCCAGAAGGUGAGACCAUCGUCCUGGACCAGGUGGAUAUUGAUUUUGUGGUGGACGCCGGCAAAGAGAACAUGUUCUUCAUCUGCCCGCUCACCAUCUUCCACAUAAUCGACAGCUCAAGUCCCUUCUUUGAUAUGUCGAUGGACACCCUUGCCCAGCAGGAAUUUGAGCUGGUGGUCUUCUUGGAUGGGACGAUGGAGUCUACUAGUACCUGCUGCCAGGUGCGGACUUCCUAUCUGCCCAAGGAGAUCCAGUGGGGGUACCGCUUUGCCCCCAUUGCCUCCAAGUCCAAACAAGGAAAGUACUCUGUAGACUUCUCUAACUUCAACAAGACAGUGGCGGUGCCCACGCCCCACUGCGCCUUCUGUUUCCUCGAUGAGAAGGGGCACGGAGAAGAACCCAAAAAAGGGUAUGAUAACGCAGCCUUCCAACACAGUACCGAAACACCAACGGAUGACAUCGAAAUGUGAGGGAAGGAUUGAAGAGGGUGGACAGUUCUGAAGCAGGAUUAACCUGGAAAUCUUUCCACGGUUUAGUCCAAAGACAGUCAUAAAUGUGUUUUGAGGUGAUAUGUAGUAUUGCACACUGAUAUGUUUUUAUAGUUUUAUUCUACUACAUUUGCAACACCAGGGUCCCCUAAUUGUUCCUCUGCUCCCCAGUUCUUUCAGUGUGCGAAAUAAGCUUCAUAUUGAUCAGUACAGGUUUAUUUACUUCCAACCACAAGUGUUUGCAAAAUAGAGACUUGUCAGCUUCUGAAAUUGAACUUCCACUGUUGUGUAAGGUUUAAUGUGUCCUUGUUCUCUGAUAUGAAGUUUUUACUUGGGUUGAAGUGCCUCCCAGUUGUCUUGACAACAAAAAAAGAAGAAAACAAAUUGCUCUUUUGCGAAACACAAGCAGUUUAUGGGGUUACGUUGAAGGGGAUUAUUUUUUUUAAUCUGUUUUUAUGAGUAUUUUUUUUUUCCACAAAGCUGUCGCUAGAAAUGAACUGUUGAUUAUUAAGUAUGAUUUAUUCUUACCCAGCUGGAGUCUUGUCAGAGCGGUACAGAAAUUAAUUAAAUUAACAGAGGAUUGAACAAUGAAACAACAUAAAAAAAUUAAAGAAUGGUGCAUUAGUGUUUUUAAAUCCCCCUAUUUUUCAUUAGGACUGGAAUGUGUAAAUGAACGGAAAAACAAAUGUUCUUUUGGUGUUGUAAGUACACGCAGAUACAAAAGUGCCCAGCAUGGGCACAGGGGGGCAGUGUUGCACUAUAGAUCUCAUUGUACACUGCUGUUUCAGGUCUCAUUUACCAUGCGGUCGUGAUGUACAGACAGACCCGGAGGAAGGCCUUGGCAAGCUAGGCAGUCGCCCAGGACGGCAAAUUUAGGGGGGACGGCAAAAAUAAAUAAAUAAAUAAAAGCAAGGAAUGUGCAUUAUGUGCAAAGCACGGCUCCCAUGACGUUUAGCACCACGCAACUGGCAUCGCACGGAAGAAUCCUACGCAAACAUGCACUUUCACAUGGUAUGGAGUUAUCAACACAUUGCGUUCGUUCAAGUAUUAUGGCCUUCUAUAUAUAGACUGUAGAGAAAAUGGCUUUAGGAGUAACUUAAGUCAUCCUUAACGGAGACGCGAAGUUUCAAGAAGUAAGCCACAAGACUGGUAUCGAUUUUAAACAAGAAUUUGGUAAGUUAAUUUAAUUUAUAUAAAUUUACG